CAUUUUGGGAGACGGUGGCUGACGAGAGACAACCAAAACACCAGUCUUGACUCUUGAGAGACGAAGAUUGUUUUGCAGAAGCGCCUCCAUCCAUCGCCAAAUUCCGAUUCCCCUGUUUCUAAUAGAGACGUUCCCAAUGUUGAACAAGAGAACCCGGGAAGCCACCGUUUCCUCCUCGUCUUCCAGACCUCGAUGGACUCAUGAUGUCUUCUUGAGUUUCAGUCUCAGCUAUCAAGAUACGAACAACAAAAUCAUCAUCGAUUGCCUCUACAAUGCUUUGGUCCAAAGAGGGAUUCGCAUCUUUAGAGACGACAAUGAAGAGAAGCGAGGAGAGAAAGCAAUUGAAGAAUCUAGGAUCGCCGUAGUCUUUUUCUCAAGAAAGUACGUUUCUUCGAUGUGGUGUCUGGCUGAACUGCUGAAGAUUCUUGAACGCAGAAGCGGGGCUGGUUUAACUGUUUUGCCUGUUUUCUGUGAUGUCGAUCCGUCGGAUGUACGGAAACAGUCCGGUAGUUUGGAGGAAACGUUUGCCAGACAUGAGGAGCGUUUCAAAGAGGAGGAAAAAGAGAAGGUAGACCGGUGGAGGGCAGCUCUUACUACAGUGGCUAAUCUUUCUGGUUGGGAUCUGCAUAACAUUUCUACUGGGCAUGAGGAAAAAUUUAUUGGAAGAAUUGUUGAUGAUAUUUUGAUUAAAGUAAGUCGAACACCAUUGAAGAUCUCUAGUUAUCUCGUUGGAAUAGAUUCCCGCGUAGCGAAUCUGACUUCAUUGAUAGAUCUUUCUCCAUCUAAAGUUUGUAUCAUUGGGGUUUUUGGUAUUUCUGGAUCAGGUAAGACAACAAUUGUCAAGGCCUUGUAUAAUGAAAUUUAUCAGAGAUUUGAAGGUUGCAGUUUUCUUGAGAAUGUCAGAGAAAUUUCGGAACAGUCCAAUGGUCUGAUUCAUUUACAAGAACAACUUCUUUCUGAUGUCCUUAUGAAGACAAACUUUAAGAUAAGCCACGUUGCUAGAGGAAUAAAUGUGAUCAAACAGAGGCUUCAUUGCAAAAGGGUUCUUAUUGUUAUUGAUGAUGUAGAUCAUUCAGAUCAAUUAAAUGCAUUGGCUAUCAAGCGUGAUUCAUUUGGUGUGGGAAGUAGAGUCAUUGUCAUAUCACGAGAUGAACAUUUGCUAAAUGAGGCUAACGUUUGUAAAAUUUAUCAUCCUAAAGAGUUGGACUCCCAUGAAUCUCUUCAACUCUUUAGUUGGCAUGCAUUUAAGAAUGAUUCUCCCCCAAAUGACUACAAGGAGCUUUCAAAGGAGAUAGUAAGUGAUAUUAGAGGACUUCCGUUAGCACUUGAAGUUGUGGGUUCUUUAAUGUUUGGAAAAAGAAGCUUAUCUGAAUGGGAGAGUGCAGUAGCCAUAUUAAAAAGUAUUCCUGGUGAUCAAAUUCAAAAAAAACUUAGAUUGAGUUUUUAUGAUUUGGACGAAACGGUGAAGGAUCUUUUUCUUGAUAUCGCAUGCUUCUUUAUUGGAAUGAACCAAAGCUAUGUAUCUAAAAUACUAGAUGGAUGCAACUUAUUUCCAGAUAUUGGAAUCACCAUUCUCACUCAAAGAUCUCUUGUUACAAUUGAUGAAAGAGACAAACUAAGGAUGCAAAAUCUUAUUCGAGACAUGGCAAAGGAAAUUGUUCAUGAGGAAUCUCCUGAAGAACCUGGAAGACGUACAAGAUUGUGGUCACCAAAGGAUGUUUGUGAUGUGUUGGCAAAAUGUCAGGGAACCAAAUCUGUUGAAGGCAUCAUUCUAAACAUUUCUCAAUUUGAGGAUGUGUGUUUUAAUAGUGAAGCAUUUGUAGACAUGCGUAAUCUAAGACUGCUUCAACUCAAUUAUGUGCACCUAAGGGGAGGAUAUGAACGUUUCUCUAAGAAAUUAAGAUGGCUUUGUUGGCAUGGAUUCCCUUUGAAUUCUAUACCUACCAAUUUUGACAUGGAGAAUCUUAUUGUUCUUCACAUGGAAAAUAGCUGUGUUAAAGAGGUUUGGAAGGAAAUCAAGGUGCUCAGAAGGUUGAAAAUCCUAAAUCUUAGUCAUUCAAGUUACUUAACAAAAACCCCCAACUUCUCGGGACUCCCCAAUCUUGAGGAACUGAUCCUUGAGGAUUGUAAAAGUCUGGUUGAGGUUCACCAAUCCAUUGGGUAUCUUCACAAACUUAUUGUCUUGAAUUUGAGAAACUGCAAUAACCUUAUUAAGCUCCCAGGCUGCAUUGGUAUGUUGAGAUCUCUUGAAGUACUCAAUCUCCAUGGUUGCCCGAAACAGGUGCAAUCUACUUCAUGGUUUUUAUUCCCCCAAUAUUUCAGUUCACUAAGAAGACAGCGUACUUCUACUACUUUGCUUCCUGCUUCUUUCUCUGGUUUAUGCUCUUUGAAAUUUGUAAAUCUCAAUUACUGCAAUCUGUCAGAAGAUUUGAUUCCCAAUGAUUUCUGGAGCUUGCCAUCGUUGAAAAUCUUAUAUUUGGAUGGGAACAAAUUCUGCACCCUCCCAGCCGGCAUCAGAAAUCUUUCUCGUCUUGGAUGGCUUACACUGAGAAGUUGUAGAGAUCUCAAACUAAUGACAGACCUUCCAACAACAUUAACGUUUUUGGGUCUACAAGAUUGCUCAACAAUAGAAAUGUUACCAUCCAACAUCAGCGAUCUCUCUAGGCUGAUGAUUCUUGAUUUGAAUGGAUGUAAGAGGCUACAGUCAUUUCCAAAGCUUCCAUCACGAUUAUUCGAGUUGCGGACAAGCGGUUGCACAUCGUUGCAAGGAGUAGACGUUAAGGACUUACAGAAUUUACGAGAUUUAGUAAUCAACUAUGAUCACUUCUGUAGUAAAUCAGAUGAAAUAAGUCGCCUUCCUAAUCUUGAGAGCCUAAUUUUGGAAGGCUGUGAGAGGCCUCAAACAUUUCCAAAGCUUCCAUCAAGUUUAUCUUCCUUAUUUGUAGAAGGUGACACAUCGACUUUGCUUGUUAGUAGUGGGGAGAUCCAGAGCAUGGAAACUUCUCAAUCUGUACAAGGCAUCUACAUGGAAGGGUGCGACCAUCUGGGGAACACUUCGAGGAAGAAUAGCCUUUUCCAGGAUAUACAUAGGGAAUUUGAAGUAUAUGGUACUGGGAGUGAGAUUCCGGAAUGGAUCAGCCAUCAAAAUAUGGGGUCUUCUGUAUCCUUUGAGGUAUCUGAAUGUUCGGGUUGUAAGAUCCAUGGGUUGGAUGUAUCUGCUGUUUUUUUAAAUGAGAAAGAGGCCAUAGACUUCCGUUCUUUUUCUGUAAUUUGUAAUAAAACGAAAGAUAUUCAAUGGGAGCCCGUUGAAGGAGAUUGGCAUAUCACACGUCCACUUCCACAAGGUGAAGACGUACUGUGGGUGCGCCAUAUUACAAUUUGUGAGCUUUGGCAUUACUCAGGACACGAAGCUGCAUUUGGCGAGCACUUUGAAGUGGGGGAUCAAGUGCAGGUGUCAGUAGAAAUUGAGGGUGAUCCUGGAGGAAGUUUGCAAGUGAAGAAGUGUGGAGUCCUGCUAGUCCACAGGCCCGAUGAGGAGAAGAACCUAUCAGAUAAUCCAUCAGUGGGGGAAACCAUAUCUCCUGUAGAUGAUAAUGUUGUUAUGGAUGGAGAAGAAUCAAUAUUAGUUCACAUUGAAGAUGAGAAUAAGAGUGGCCACAAUGAGGGCAUUGCAGGAUUUAGCAUUGAUGCCAAAAGAUUGAAGAUUGGUCUGUAAUUCCUGCAUUAUUUACCAUUUCCUAUAUAUGGAACAUAAGCCCAUUGUAGAGACACAUUCAUUUUGCAAGCUCAGGUGAUGUGAACAAUGAACACAAAGGAAUGCUUGUGCCCCUGCAGGAUGAGGAGGAUUGUGAGAGCGAAGGGGAAGAGUUUCUGUAAUACCAAAUCAGUAUAUCAACUCCUUAUCUGGCCAGAUGAUAAUGGAACAAGCAGUUUAGUUGUGAAGUGAGGAACUUUAUGUCUAAUAACAUGGGCAAACCUCCAAGGACCAUCCUAAUUAGGAGACACCCAAGAUAUGAUGGUAUCAUUGCAUUCAAACUUAUGAUUAUCAAUGGUACAUUAAGAAUCUCUUUCCUCAAUGAUUAGUAAUUUAUUACCAAUCAACUGACCUA